AUGGAGAAUCUGAUCUCUCUGGUUAACAAGAUACAGAGAGCUUGCACGGCUCUCGGAGACCAUGGCGAGUCUAGCGCCCUACCAACUCUAUGGGAUUCCUUGCCUGCGAUUGCCGUCGUUGGUGGUCAGAGCUCUGGCAAGUCUUCUGUCCUCGAGAGCAUUGUUGGAAAGGACUUUUUACCCCGUGGAUCUGGUAUUGUUACUCGGAGGCCCCUUGUCUUACAGUUACAAAAGAUUGAUGACGGAGCCAGGGAGUAUGCAGAGUUUCUUCAUCUCCCCAAGAAAAGGUUCACCGAUUUUGCCGCUGUGAGGAAGGAAAUUCAAGAUGAGACUGACAGAGAGACUGGACGCAGCAAGGCCAUUUCUAGCGUUCCCAUUCACCUUAGCAUUUACUCUCCCAAAGUUGUCAACUUGACACUGAUUGAUCUUCCGGGGCUAACAAAAGUUGCUGUUGAGGGGCAAUCUGAAAGUAUAGUCAAGGACAUUGAAAAUAUGGUUCGGUCCUACAUUGAAAAGCCCAACUGCAUCAUUUUGGCAAUUUCACCUGCAAACCAAGAUCUCGCUACCUCAGAUGCAAUUAAAAUUUCCCGUGAGGUUGAUCCGUCUGGGGAGAGAACAUUUGGUGUCUUGACCAAGAUCGAUCUUAUGGACAAAGGGACCGACGCAGUGGAAAUCCUGGAAGGGAAAUCUUUUAAACUCAAAUAUCCAUGGGUUGGUGUUGUCAACCGCUCCCAAGCAGAUAUUAACAAGAGUGUCGACAUGAUUGCGGCUAGGAGAAGAGAGAGGGAGUACUUUUCCAAUACUACCGAGUAUAGGCACCUUGCACAUAAAAUGGGUUCUGAGUAUUUGGCAAAGAUGCUCUCCAAGCAUCUAGAACAUGUGAUCAAGUCAAGAAUUCCAGGCAUCCAGUCGCUUAUUAACAAAACAGUGCUAGAGCUGGAAGCUGAACUAAGUCGCCUUGGAAAGCCUAUUGCAGCUGAUGCAGGGGGGAAAUUGUACUCGAUAAUGGAGAUAUGUAGGCUUUUCGAUCAAAUAUUCAAGGAGCAUCUCGAUGGAGUGCGUGCCGGUGGUGAGAAGGUGUAUAACGUGUUUGAUAACCAGCUUCCGGCGGCUCUGAAGAGACUUCAGUUUGACAAGCAGCUUGCAAUGGACAACAUCCGGAAGCUGGUCACAGAGGCUGACGGUUACCAGCCUCACUUGAUUGCUCCGGAGCAAGGUUACCGUCGUCUCAUCGAGUCUUCUAUCGUCUCCAUCCGAGGCCCUGCUGAAGCAUCUGUUGACACUGUUCAUGCGAUCUUGAAGGAUCUGGUUCACAAGUCUGUGAAUGAGACGGUGGAACUGAAGCAAUACCCAGCUCUGAGAGUGGAGGUGACAAACGCGGCGAUAGAGUCGCUGGACAAAAUGCGAGAGGGAAGCAAGAAAGCAACACUGCAGCUGGUGGACAUGGAGUGCAGUUACCUGACUGUUGACUUCUUCAGGAAGCUUCCCCAGGAUGUUGAAAAGGGUGGCAACCCCACGCACUCCAUCUUCGACCGCUACAACGAUUCCUAUCUCAGACGAAUCGGAUCCAAUGUUCUGUCAUACGUGAACAUGGUCUGUGCUGGCCUGCGGAACUCAAUCCCCAAGUCUAUCGUCUACUGCCAAGUCAGAGAAGCCAAGCGCAGCCUCCUCGACCAUUUCUUUGCCGAGCUGGGUACCAUGGACAUGAAGAGGCUCUCAUCGCUAUUGAACGAAGACCCAGCGAUCAUGGAGAGACGCAGCGCCAUCUCUAAGCGUCUGGAGUUGUACCGAGCUGCCCAAUCAGAGAUCGACGCUGUCGCUUGGUCCAAGUGA